CAAACCGAUACACCAUUCUCAACAUCACAAACUCAACUCACUCAUCACUUUCUCACACCAAACAAGAAGCUUUUCUACAUUCUCAUAAACACAUUCUCAUCUUUAUUAUGACCAUAGAAAUUCUGAAAAGAAGCAGAGAAGACACAGAGGUGGAAGCACUAGCCAUGGCCAACUGCUUGAUGCUCCUCUCCCGUGUCGGAGAGACCACAUGGACCAGUGGCCGUGGCCGUGUCUUCACCUGCAAGACAUGUAACAGAGAGUUUUCAUCGUUCCAAGCUCUCGGUGGCCACAGGGCUAGCCACAAGAAGCUUAGAUUAAUGGGAGGAGGAGACCUUCAUGUUCAGACCCCCAGCUCGCCCGUAAAGGGGAAGACAGGUGUAAGUGGGUUGCAUAUGCACCACUCAUUCUCCACUACUACCUAUAUAUCAACAAACCGAUACACCAUUCUCAACAUCACAAAUUCAACUCACUCAUCACUUUCUCACACCAAACAAGAAGCUUUUCUACAUUCACAUACACACAUUCUGAUCUUUAUAAUGACCAUAGAAAUUCUGAAAAGAAGCAGAGAAGACACAGAGGUGGAAGCACUAGCCAUGGCCAACUGCUUGAUGCUCCUCUCCCGUGUCGGAGAGACCACAUGGACCAGUGGCCGUGACCGUGUCUUCACCUGCAAGACAUGUAACAGAGAGUUUUCAUCGUUCCAAGCUCUCGGUGGCCACAGGGCUAGCCACAAGAAGCUUAGAUUAAUGGGAGGAGGAGACCUUCAUGUUCAGACCCCCAGCUCGCCAGUAAAGGCGAAGACCCACGAGUGCUCGAUAUGCGGGCUAGAGUUCGCCAUAGGGCAAGCGCUCGGGGGUCACAUGAGGAGACACAGAGAUAUCUCGAGCCAGUCGGUGAUACCGGUUUUGAAGAAGUCGAAUAGUAGCAAUGGAAGUAAGAGAGUUUUGAGCCUGGACUUGAACUUGACACCAUAUGAGAACCACAUGAAGAUUAAGAAAUUGCCAACCGGGUUGAUUGGUUGAACACCUUUCUUAGGAUGGACACCAGCUUAUAUUGUAGUUGGGAAUUUUUAUACUCGGAUAUCUUCAUUGUUUUUGUUCA